ACGAUCGCUGAACCAUCAACAAUACAUACAGUUUCUUCACGAUCGAAGACCUGUUUGGACGGUUUCGCGAAUUGGAAACUCCCUUUCCGAGGUGGCGAGGAACGGAUUGAGGAAUCUAUCUUUAAUUUACCUAUCAUCUUUUUUGCCCUCGUUAUAAAUAAAGUCCCCAAUCCUUGGUUAGACUUUUUUUCUGUUGUGUUUUCGUCGUCUCAACGGCAGUUUCGCCUUCGAAGUGAAUUUUUUGGUGGUCGUUAUAUUCCUCGUGCGCGCCGCGGUCUUCACGACGGAUUUCGAAUAUCAAAAGUGUGAUAUAUAAGAAAAAUAAAAGGCUACACGGUGAAUCGCGAGUUUUGUCUCCCGAAAUUCUAAAUUUGGCCCAGUAUUAUAUAAAAUUUCGAGCACGGCCAAGUGUAGGAUCGUCCGCCGUCGAGGUGACACGGGUCUUUUCUAAGCAAUUCCAAGCGCGCGCGCGAGUGUGACCUCCUCAACUGUGUCGUCCAGGGCAGGUCAGCAACCGAACCGUUGAGUGUGCCAGUGUGUUGUCUGGAGCGGCCCAAAGAUGUCCAAGCCAAAGUCCCCGACCAAUCAGUACCAGCAGGAGGAGGAUGCGUUCUUCGUGCGCAGAAAACCGGACCCGAUCCCGUUCAGCAAGUUCCUGUACAACUCCACCGAAGGAACCGUCCUUGGCCGCAAUGCAACGUCAUGGGCAAAAAUCGGCACCUUCUACAUGAUCUUCUACUGCGUGCUGGCAGCCCUGGUCGCCGUCUGCAUGUGGGUGUUCUUCCAAACGCUGGACCCCAGGACCCCCAAGUGGCAGCUGGAUCAGUCACUCAUCGGCACCAAUCCAGGCUUAGGAUUCCGUCCACUCCCAUCGGAGGAUAACGUCGAAAGUACCCUGAUCUGGUACAAGGGCACCGAGGAGAAGAACUACAAGCAGUGGACCGAUGCACUGGACAAAUUCUUAGAAGAUUACAGGACACCCGGACAGAUCUCGGGCCGUGGCCAGAACAUCUACAACUGUGAUUACACCCAGCAGCCCCCGCCGCGCACCGUCUGCGACGUCGACAUCAAGCAGUACGGCCCGUGCACGCUGGAGAACAAGUACAACUACCACAAGAGCGCCCCCUGCAUAUUCCUGAAGCUCAACAAGAUCUACGGAUGGAUCCCGGAAUUCUUCAACGAAUCGACCCAACUGCCCGGCAACAUGCCCGCCGAACUCAAGGACUACAUCAAGACUGUCGAGGAGAAGGAAAAGCACACCAUGAACACCGUGUGGGUGUCGUGCGAGGGCGAGAACUCGGCCGAUAUCGAGAACGUUGGCGCGAUCAAGUACUACCCGCGACGUGGCUUCCCCGGAUACUACUACCCGUACGAGAACUCCGAGGGCUACCUGAGCCCGCUCGUGGCGGUGCACUUUGAGCGACCAGUCCGUGGCAUCAUCAUCAACAUCGAGUGCAAGGCCUGGGCCCGCAACAUCAGACACACCAACGACAGACACGAACGGCUCGGCUCGGUGCACUUUGAGCUGCUCAUCGACUAAGCCAGCAGCCUCCUCCGCCGGCAGCUAAAGUAGCAAUCAGCAGCAGCAGUACAAGCAGCCAUAUUGGCCAUUCACAGUGCCACCACCGCCGCCGUCACCACCAACAAAACAACCAAUUUUUACAGGUUUUAUUAGAGUGUCCAGAUGAUCUUAACAUCAGAAGAGCCGUUAGAGAACACCACUUUUUAAAAAGUCCUAUUUAAAAUUUACCAAAUUUCCCGCCCUCCUUCUCAUAAAGUUAUGAAAUUUUUACAAUCUUUAUACAAUUCGUGUUACUCUCUCUGUCUAGCUAGAAGAAGAAUGUGUCCUAAUUCUUUAAUCAGGAAUUUCGAUUAAGCCAUGGGAACAAGAAACACACAAUUAGGCGAUCUCACGAUCUUCUUAAAGAGCAAACAAAAUUAUGUGAAAACAAGCUAAAAGACGUUAGAAGAAAGGAGAAGAAGAAGAAGAAGAAGAAAACACUGUGUGGUACUGGAAGUAAGAUUUUGUUUUGUUGUGCUUGUAUUUUAUAAUUGUACAUAAUAAACGAAGGUCCAGCAAACGGUCGCGAGCGAAACCGGCUCCAAAUUAUUGGUUUUUGAAACACAUUUGAAGAGUCCAAAUCAGACCAAGAAACGAGUAAAUUUGCGUGCCAACACUAAAUGUCUACGUGUGUCUUCGAUUUUUGUACAACUGCCAAUUUAACGGGUGCACUCUCUGCUAUAAAUAAUUUCACGGCCACAUAACAACCGCAAACAACACAAAAUUGCCAUCCAAGUAAAGAGCAGAAAACCGUUCAUUCUGCGAAUACAUCAUAUCGUGUGAAUAGCACCAGGUUGAAGGAAGAAAAAACUAUAUUUUUGAAACAGAAUAUGUAGUUUACAGAACCUCGUUGCUGUUCAGCGAGGACCAUGUCACAGGAAAA